AUGGAUUUGGAGUGUAGAAUAAAAGCUUAUAGAUUUGUAGCUUAUUCAGCUGUAACAUUUUCUGUUGUUGCUGUAUUAAGUGUAUGUAUUACACUUCCUAUGGUAUAUAAUUAUGUUAACAAUGUUAAAAGAUCUGUUAACUCAGAAAUUGUUCUUUGCAAGGGAACUGCAAAAGAAAUAUGGACUGAAGUUAAUCAAUUAAGAGCUAUGGGAUUAGAAGCACGUAACAGAACAGCACGUCAAGCUUAUUCUACUGGACCAAGUGGAGGUGGCGGCGGAGGCGCUGGUGGCGGUGGACAUGGAGCCGGAGGAUCAUAUGGAGGUGGUGCUGGUGGCGGUGGACACGGAGCUGGAGGAUCAUAUGGAGGUAGUGGUGGUCACGGAGGAGCAGGAAUGGCUGUAAGCGCAUCUUCAAGUGGAGGUGGUGGUGGUGGAGGUUCUUGUGAACAAUGCUGUAAACCUGGACCACCAGGAGCAGGAGGAAAACCAGGAAAACCAGGAAAGCCAGGAAAACCAGGUGCUCCAGGAGCUCCAGGAUCACCAGGAAAAGCCGCAUCAGCACCAUGUGAACCAUCUACUCCACCACCAUGUCAACCAUGCCCAGCAGGCCCACCAGGACCUCCAGGUCCAGCAGGACCAGCAGGAGAUGCCGGUUCUCCAGGAGAACCAGGUAGCCCAGGAACAGAUGGUGGACCAGGACCUGCAGGACCUCCAGGACCACCAGGAGCUCCAGGAAAUGACGGACAACCAGGAUCACCAGGAGGACCAGGACCUGAUGCACAAUCUGAAGACGGUGGACCAGGAGCAGCAGGACCACCUGGACCACCAGGACCACCAGGAAAUCCAGGAAGUCCAGGAAACCCAGGAACAGGAGGUGGAGCUGGAGGACCAGGACCAAAAGGACCACCAGGACCACCUGGCCCACCAGGAUCAGAUGGAAAUCCAGGAACUCCAGGACAACCAGGACAACCAGGAGGUCAAGGAGAAAAAGGAAUCUGUCCAAAAUAUUGUGCUAUUGAUGGUGGAGUAUUCUUUGAAGAUGGAACUAGAAGACGUUAA